GUUUGGCGUACUAGCUAAAAAGCUAACUGAUAGCUGAAAAGCUAGCUGUUAAAUAAAAAGUUAGCUGAUAGCUGAAAAGCUAGCUGAUAAAAAAUAACGUUUGGUAAAGUAGUUGAAAAACUAGCUGAAAUAUAUAAAAUUACAUAAAAGGACAUGUAAAAAUAUGUGUUUCUGUAAUUAAUUAAGGGGUGUAUUUGGAAAAUUUUAAAAAAGCUCCUAAAAAACUAGUCUAAGUAGCUUUUCAAAAAGCUAGCUUAUAACCUACUUUUUGGCUUACCAAACACGACAACAUAAAAAAAAACUCAAAAAAUAAGCUAGCUGUAUCGCGCCAAACAUAACCUUUGUACUCCAACUUUUAGCUUCCGACUUCUUUAGUGUUGAUUGAACAUGUUAAAGCUUGAUUUUUUUUUUCGCUAAUAGUUGUAAUUGGAAUUGAAUUUCUACAAAAGAUGAGUGAAGUUACAGAAGUCAAGCCCUUGAUUUCACAAUCAUCAUCUUCAAACCUUCCUGAUUUCAAAAGAUCUGUGAAGCUCAAGUAUGUAAAAUUAGGGUAUCAUUAUCUAAUAACCCAUUGGAUGUAUCUAUUCUUAUCUCCUCUUGUGGUUGUUCUUGCUCCUCAAUUAUCGACAUUUUCUCCAAAAAAUGUUUACAUUCUUUGGGAUCAUCUCCGAUUCAAUCUCAUAUCAAUCAUCAUAUGUUCAACCCUUUUAUUCUUUCUAUCAACUCUCUACUUCUUAACUCGUCCUCACCCAGUUUACCUUGUAAACUUCUCAUGUUACAAACCUAAAGAAGAUCUAAAAUGCACAACACAAAAGUUCUUCCAGUUUUUAACAUCAACAGGAAAGUUCACAGAAAAAAGCCUCGAGUUUCAGAAAAAAAUUCUGGAAAGAUCUGGUCUUGGUGAAUCAACUUACCUCCCAAAAGCUAUUCUUCGAAUCCCACCAAAUACAUGCAUGGCGGAAGCAAAAAACGAAGCAGAACUUGUAAUGUUUGGCGCCAUUGAUGAACUCUUAGCAAAAACAGGUGUCAACCCAAAAGACAUUGGGAUUUUGGUAGUUAAUUGUAGUCUAUUCAAUCCUACCCCUUCUUUAACUUCAAUGAUUGUCAACCAUUACAAACUUCGAGGCAACAUUUUAAGCUUCAAUCUCGGUGGAAUGGGUUGUUCAGCUGGUUUAAUCGCGAUUGAUUUGGCAAAAGAUCUUCUCCAAGUAAACACUAAUUCAUACGCAUUAGUCAUGAGCAUGGAAAACAUCACAUUAAAUUGGUAUGGUGGAAAUGAAAGAUCGAUGCUUGUAUCAAAUUGUUUAUUCCGUGUGGGAGGUGUUGCAGUUCUCUUAUCUAACAAAUCAUCCGACAAAAAAAGAUCAAAAUAUCAACUUAUACACAUAGUAAGAACACACAAAGGCACAGAUGACAAAUGUUUUUCAUGUGUGACACAAUUAGAGGACACAGUUGGGAAUGUUGGAGUUUCAUUAUCAAAAGAUUUAAUGGGAGUUGCAGGAGACGCAUUAAAAACCAACAUCACAACAUUAGGUCCUUUAGUGUUACCACUAUCUGAACAAUUACUUUUUUUUGCAACUUUGGUUGGAAAAAAGGUUUUGAGGAUGAAGAUUAAACCAUAUAUUCCUGAUUUUAAACUUGCGUUUGAGCAUUUUUGUAUUCAUGCGGGUGGAAGAGCUGUUCUUGAUGAAAUAGAGAAGAAUUUGCAGCUUUCUGAUUGGCAUAUGGAGCCUUCAAGAAUGACAUUAAAUAGAUUUGGGAAUACUUCAAGUAGUUCACCAUGGUAUGAAUUAGCUUAUUCAGAAGCAAAAGGAAGGAUUAAAAAAGGUGAUAGAGCAUGGCAGAUUGCUUUUGGAUCAGGGUUUAAGUGUAAUAGUGCUGUUUGGAAAGCUUUGAAGACUAUUAAUCCUGCAGAAGAAAUGAAUCGGAAUCCUUGGAGCUAGAAAUUAAUUGUAAUUGGUAUACUCAAUGUAAUGAUCAAAUACUGAAAGUCAUAUUAAUAAAACGUUAUAAUUUUCACGUAGUGAAACAAUGGAUGUAUUUGGACUAACUGAAAGUCAUAUUAA